UUUGGCAGUUCUUGGGAUAGGAUUUAGCUGUGAUGUCUCAGCAGCCAAUACUCCUGUUUGCUAGAAGAAUGAAUGUUUCAGUCCUUAUUGGUGCUCUGGGUAGCACAGUACAGCAUGUGGAAGUAUCGCAACGAACGAAAUAAACCAGAGCAUCGUUCUUCAAGCCAAGGACCCUUGUCAUCGAUUAGAGCGGUGAUCAAGAGAUCUUCUCGACCUUCUAUUCAGAGUGAGCUUCAUCGAGAUAGGAGACGCCCCGAGAUCACCAUUGUGGCAGCUGAGCCGCUGAGGCCGACCUCAUGGUUUCCAGGAGCCCCACCCCCAGGGCUGGGAUUUCCCCCAUCUUCUGCAGCAAGCCCAUGGAGGUCCAAUGAACUUGUUCCUGCUGAGCUCCCACCAUCUUAUGAACAAGUCAUAAAAGAAAUCAACCAAGUUCAAGUUAAUACUACAAAUAACAAUAAUGCUGCUGCCACUCCAAGGCACACUAUCACUUCUGCAACUCAGACUGACUUUUCAGAAGAAAUAGACAGCCAUCUGCCUCAAAGUAAUGCAACACUACAGGCACCUCUCAAGCCUCUUCAGCCUUCCCCGGCCGCCUCAGCCUGUGAUCUUCUGACAAACGUGGGGCCUUUAAUAGUCUUUGAUAUUUCUGAAGAACAGCCUUGUCCAGAAAAUUCCAGUGCUACAAGAUGUCCAGUGCCAAGACCAAGAUCCAAAAGCAACCUCAGACCAGUAGCCAGAGAUACUCACAUUGAAGAGCAGAAUCCCCAGAAAUCCAGCCUUGCACCCUCCCCCAGCCAGCGCCCAUCUCUGCUGGACAGCGCCAACGGCGUGGACAGUCAGGCAGUAAUAAACAUUAUGAACACCGAACCAAGCCAGAAUAGUCUUGUUUCACGGAUCAAAGCAUUUGAGGGUCAGACAAAUACAGAAACCUCGGGGCUGCCGAAGAAACCAGAAAUUGCUCCGCGCUCACUCCCUGCCAGGCCUCCUGUUUCCUCAGGGAAACCCUCAGUGGCUCCCAAACCAGCUGCUAACAGAGCAUCUGGAGAAUGGGACUCCUGGACUGAAAACAGACACAAGGUGGCCUCCAGGGAAGGGCUUACCCCACAUUCCUCAGUGCAAGAAGCAGGGGCCAGUUCAACAACCAAACCUCAACUGCCAAAGAAACCAAAUCCUGGCCUUAAACGAAGUGUUAACCACGAGGCUGCGGGAGGAGGCCCCUCGGCUGGGAGCCCGGAUGAUGAGAAGAAGGCCCCAGUCCCCGCUCCUCGGCCUUUGCUGCCCAAGAAAACAGUUUCCUCAGAAAACCCCACCCAGCCUGCAGUUUUGUUGAAACCGCUCACUGUUCCUCCCCGACUCUCAGUGGCAUCACAAGCCAAAGCAUUCAGGUCACUGGGAGAAGGAUCCCCGGCCAACCCCCAGGUUCCAGUUCUGCAAACCAAGUCUCCUGGAGACUUUGACCUCAUCAGCUUUGAUGAUGAUGUUUUACCCACCCCAUCUGAAAGCUUGGUGAAAGAAUCUGCUGGUUCAGAGGCGGUUCUGGAUCCCUUUCAGCUUCCCACAAAAACAGAACCAACAAAAGAACGAGCAGUUCAACCAGCACCCACCAGGAAGCCCACUGUGAUUCGAAUUCCAGCCAAACCAGGAAAAUGUUUACAUGAGGAUCCACAAAGCCCACCACCUCUCCCUACUGAAAAACCUAUUGGAAACACUUGCAAUACAGUAGCUGGAAAACUCAAUGUUGACAGAACUAGGAAUUUGGAAUCCCACCAUGCUGGUCAAACAGGAGGAUCUGUGCGAGGACCCCCAAGAUUGCCGCCAAGACCUGUAAAUGGAAAAGUCAUUCCAGCUCGACAGCCACCUCCCAAGGGGGCUCCUGAGAGACCGCCUCCCCCCAAACUUCCUGCAACCAGAACAUCAAAUCAAAAACUGCCUUUUAGUCGAUCUUCUUCUGACAUGGAUCUUCAGAAAAAGCAAAGUAGCUUGGCAUCUGGACUCUCAAAAGCCAAGAGUCAAGUCUUUAAAAAUCAAGAUCUGGUGCUACCCCCUCGCCCCAAACCAGGACACCCUCUCUACAAGAAAUACAUGUUGUCUGUGCCUCGUGGAAUUGCCAGUGAAGACAUUGUCUCGCAAAACCCCGGAGAACAGUCUUGUAAGGAGCCAAGCCACGCUCAGAAGCCUGCUGACAGGAGCACUCCUCACGCUGUCGUGCUUCAUGACUUCGCAGCAGAACAAGCUGAUGAUUUGAACCUCGCUUCUGGAGAAAUUGUUUAUCUUCUCGAAAAAAUAGGUACAGAUUGGUAUAGAGGGAAAUGUAGAAGCCAGACAGGUGUGUUUCCUGCCAACUACGUCAAAGUUAUUAUUGAUGUUCCAGGAGGAGGAAAUGGGAAAAGAGAAUCAGUGUCAUCCAAUUGCAUUAAAGGUUCAAGAUGUAUUGCUCGAUUUGAAUACAUUGGAGACCAGAAAGAUGAGUUAAGUUUCUCAGAGGGUGAAAUUAUUAUUCUUAAGGAGUAUGUGAAUGAAGAAUGGGCCAGAGGAGAACUUCGAGACAGAACUGGGAUUUUCCCCCUUAACUUUGUGGAACUUGUUGAGGAUCAACCCACCUCUGUCACAAAUGUUUUAAGCACAAAGGUAGCCCUGAAGACCAAAAAAGAAGAUUCUGGCACAAAUUCUCAGGCUAACUGUCUGUCUGGAGAAUGGUGUGAAGCUCUUCACAGUUUUACGGCAGAGACCAGUGACGACUUAUCUUUCAAGAGAGGGGACCGGAUCCUCAUCCUUGAGCGACUGGACAGCGACUGGUACAAGGGCAGACUGCGCGACAGGGAGGGCAUCUUCCCAGCAGUGUUUGUGCGACUCUGCCCAGCUGAGGCAAAAAGUAUGCCUGCUUUAUCACUGAAGGGGAGGAAAGCGAAAGCCCUAUAUGAUUUCCAUGGAGAGAAUGAAGAUGAGCUUUCCUUCAAGGUUGGAGAUGUAAUAACAGAGCUGGAAUCUGUAGAUAAUGACUGGCUGAGCGGAGAACUAAUGGGAAAGUCGGGAAUAUUUCCCAAAAAUUAUGUUCAGUUUUUACAAGUCAACUAAAGGUGAAGCUUGACUGUGUUCCUUGGCACAAGAACUCACUUGAACUUUCACUUUGACUAUCAGAUUUGUUUUUGCACUAUUUUUUUAAACUGAUAGACAUGCCUAUGCUAUACGUGGUACACAGAAUUUCCUGAAAGCAGACAGCAUCUAGGUUUUGCAGUUAGCUUUCACUCACAGUGGAAACAUGACCAGGGAAGCCCACGAGUCAGUGUUCAAGGGAAACGCUACAAGGGCCUGGAGGGCAGGUGCACCCUCCCCAGGGACGCAGGAGCUGAGGGAAGCUUACGAGCUGAAGUGGCACUGCACAUCUGUUUUCAUCAGCACAAAUAACCAUGCUUCUUCAGUUUCUGCUUUCGUUUAAAAAGAGGACGUUUGAUAGUCUACCUGCUGAAACUAUCAAGACAUCAUUUGGUAAUCUAAAUUUCAUUUUUGAUACUCAGAUUAAUUUUAACAGCUUGAGCGCAUUAUCCUUGUUACCAGGGCAAAGACUUGCUUCGGGAGGGGUAGUGCGUGGCCCAGGUGGAACCUCUCUAGGCACGUGGUGAAUCAGGCCAAACGCUCCCUGUGUUAGUGUUUCCUUUGUCCAAGUAUUUGAUGUGUCUUAGUCAGAAGAACCAAAAUCAUCCUGAAAUGUCUUGCUAAUACAACUAACCCUUCCACAUGCCUGCUGUACUUAUUUUUCCCCCAUGUAUACUUUAUGUUAACAGGGUUUUUAUAAAGUACAUUUUCUGAAUAUGCAAUCAUUCUUUUGACAAUUACUGGUACCCAAAGAAAUUCAUUUUCUUUGCAUUACCCCAGUAAUAUAUAAAAGCUGUUUCUUGUAGUAGUGGUACAUUAGGAAUUACAUGUAUCUCAAAAAACGGAGCAACUGUCAAGGUAGAAAACUGUGCCAACCCCCUGCGGCCCAUCUCUUCCCAGUAUAAGCAGAGUGAAAAGAUAAUUUAAGAAGACUGAAGGCUGUUACUUUUUUUAGGUUUUUCCUCUUAGCUCAACCCAUCCCUACAUAAUUAUUAGAGUAAAUAAAAAUCCACUUUCCUACUUUCUCCCGUUAAGCAUUCCAGGCUUGAGACAAAAAGUGGUUCUUGAUGUGACUCAAUCAAUUACACUUCGUGGGCAACAGCCCAAAUAGGUUGAAGACAAUCUUCCAAACAGAUCAAUGAAACAGAAUUUCACUGGAAAUGUAAACCACUUUCCCAGCAAUGCUCACAACUUCUUCUGUUUUUGAGAAGAGUUUCAGAUGCUUUUGUUACUGUUUCUCAUUGUCCAAAAAGUUUUAGGCAGCCAGAGGUCAAAGCCAUGAGGUGAGCACCAUGAGGAAUGCAGUUUUACUUCGCCUUUGAUAACGCUCAUCUCCCAGUCACAUGGUUACACUUCAUUUUGGAGGACAGAAACUGUUUCUUCCACAUGUUUUGAGUAAAGAAGACAAUAUAAAGAAAAUUCUUGUCAAAUACUACUCGAGUGAUUUCAUGAAAAAUGGAUGAUUUGAAACGUUUUCUCAACUAAAUUCCCAGUUGCAGAGAGCCAUACAAAGCGGGGGCAGAGAUGUAGGCAAGCUGUCUGGAGUAGGACGUGAGGUGUACUUUUUUGUCUGUGUAAUUUUAACAUAUUAAAGAUUGUGGAUACUUAGCUUUAUUGGAGAAAAAUAUCCCUCUUAAAAUUUGACCUGUCAGCAGAAUGAUAAGUGCAAUAGUUGUAAAUCUACUUGACGCUAUAAUAAAUUGAACUGAACUUUUCAAUCCUUUUACCAGACUGGG